GGCGGUCGAAUUGGAGCGCCGUUUUCGGAAGAGGGGCUCGAGCCGCGGUGAUCUCUUCGGGAAGCAGUCGGUGACUUUGAUCACUCUUUUCACCGCCGACGAGUCCGCUGUUGAAGCACUCCUAGCAGCGGGUUGUCGGACGAGUCGAUUUUUUUCCCCUUUGCAGUCGCGACAGAUGAACGUGGCUGUAUCGCGAUUCCGCGCGCGUCAGCUGUCGUUGGCGAAGUUUCCACGGUCCGCGGGCUCGGCUCGUUGUCGUGCAAUGUGCCCCGACGAAGACGAAACUGGUUGAGGUGGCUGUCGCGGCACCAUAGACUGCUGUUGCCUUGCGCCGUCAAUAUGUAGAUCCCAGUUCUUGCCUGGUGCUGCGGGCUUCGCCGCUGUCACAGACUUUUUCCGGGCUGCUCCCGAGUUCGCAGCGUUCGACGCGGCAUGAAAGGGUGCUGAGGACAGCAGCGAAGUGAAUGCUCCCCCCAUUUCUCCCCAUCUAGGUCGGCGGCUCCUACAUCACCGAGCGUCAGCUGCGGCUCGUCGUCAUCGAAGAACGCUGCCGAAAACCAGCGGCUCAGCAGCAGUGGCAGCAAGUCAAGUCCUCAGCCACCACCGCAUCAGUCGCAGGCUUCCGGUUCAAGCUCCGCUUCGGCAACCUCCGCCGCUCAUAGCGAACCCGGCAGCAAGGCCUCCAAGACAGCGGAUGAAGCUGCAGCAUCAGCAGCGGCGUCGGCAGCAGAGGCAUGCGGCGACGACGCGGGCGACGUGCAGUACUGCGACCCUUGGGACACGGGCCCAGCCGCCGUGGCUUUGCGGCUACUGAGGGCCGAAGAGCAGCGCAACAACAAGAGCCCCACUCCGGCACACGCCGCCACGCCCGCUUCUGCGGGGGGCGUGCUGUCUGCCGACGAGAUGGCCCGCCAGAGGCAUAUCUACGAAACGGCGUUCGACUCUCGCGUCAAGCAGCGAGACCCGGACCAGGACUUGGACCGCAUGGCCCAAAGCCCAGUACUCCUUUCUGGGCUGCAGCAGCAGCAGCCGCGUGCAGGGCCACUCUACCCGGUGCCGUCGUCAUCCUCGUCUUCGGGAGUGACAGUCACGCCAGGUCGCAAGGGGGGCAUCACGAGGCAGCCUUCACUGCAGGAUGCCUGUGGCCCAAAGCCACCACCGCAUCAAGGGAGCAGUAGCAGUACCUCAGCAUCUUCUAAUGUUCAGCAACAACCAGCACCGACACCUCGUGGUUCCAGCAGCAGUGGCAACCCUUCAGUUCCGAUUCCUGCCACAAGAGGGCAGGGUUUGGCGAGCAAGCAAGCGUCGGCGGCCGACAAGGCCAUUUACCAGAACCACCCAUUACCACAAUCCCCAAUUUCCGAGAAUCCCCCUGCUGCACCUCUCGGCGCAGUCGCCGUUAAGCGCAGCAUCCACGCAGGCGUCAAGGGGGUCUCUUCUGCUUCGACUGAAACUGACAAUGCUGAGCGGCGGCUCUCGGACAACAGCAAACGGCAUCCUGCUGUAAGGCCACUGCUUCAACACAAUCAAAGCCCCAGCUCGGACACGAGACCAGAGAGUGACUACGACCGGCCCUGGGACUUGCCAAGGAUCAAGCGCAGCAAUGGUCCCGGCCGGCUGUGCAGUCGCCCACGCAGCACACUCCAACUGUGCCCCUCUCAGCCGUCCGGCUGCCCCCUCCGUCCCCCGAGUGCACAGCUCUGCAAGCCUCGGAUCCCUGUCGUGCCAGUUCCUGCGCCAACAGCUUCGAGCAGCAGUGGUGGCGGCCCUAGUUCCUCCUCUCCUUCUGUGGCCAUGAUGGCCUCCUCCUCCUCAUCCUCAUCCAACACGUCCAUCGCGAUGGAGUCACCUGCUGCAGGUCCAGCUGCCAGGCCCAGUGCUCCAGCGCGACCCAUGCUCAACCUGAACUUGAACCUGAAUGCAUCGAACUCGCCCAAGCGGUCUCGGCACAACCUCACACUUAACUUUGGUUGCGCCGCUUUGAGCGUCGUCGGCGAAAAAAUAGACACCAGUGUCGCUCUUGAAAAGCAAGGGUGGUACCAUGGCUCGAUCAGUCGCCUUGACGCCGAGAACUUGCUCAGGGUUCUGAAGGAAGGAAGCUACCUCGUCCGCAACAGCGAAAGUUCCAAGCACGACUUCUCACUCUCCCUGAAGAGUGCACGGGGCUUCAUGCACAUGAAGAUAGUGCACAACGAAGACGGGAAGUUUAUAUUGGGCCAGUUCAGCAAGCCCUUCGAAAGCAUCCCUGAGAUGAUCCACCACUACUCGGUCAACAAGCUGCCUAUCAAGGGAGCCGAGCACAUGUCGCUUCUCUACCCAGUGAUCGACCAGCUUCUCUGAAAAAACUUGUAUUACCGGCUGUGUGCUGGCAGCAUGGCAUAGAUUGUGUUUAGUUUGCUUAUUCUGUUUUGAAUGUCCUGGAUUAUUCUUCAAUGUUUUAUAUCGUACGACUGAGUGACUGACAGAUGCCAAAAGGAAAGACAGAACUUUUUUCCACAAUUUUAGAGCUUUUUGAAAAUUGGGCUGUAUACACUAUACAGUACAAUGUGCCGAAUUCUCUUCUGAGCCUUUUGGUCUGCUUUUGCUAGGGUGUAGUUAGCCAAGUCCUGUAAGCAAACAACUUCUGUGCAGGCUCUGGGAAAAGUACUACAGCUAUUGAAAUCUAGCCUUUCAUUAAUGAAGUGCGUUUUUAGUAAUGAGGUUUCUCGCAUGUUUUUAGCAAAAUGAAUUCAAUUUCACAUCUGGCAUUAUAGGUUUUACAGACUGAAGUGAAAUCGUAAUGUCAACCUUUUCGAGUUUUUUGUUUCAUUUUAUUCUGGCAUGAAUAUUUGUGAUUUGAAACUUUUGUUGACUAAAUAGUGCUGCGUGAACAUUGCCAGUAAUUGUAACUUGCAAUGCUUUUUGAACAGCCGACAUUGCUUUCUUUCAUAUGGAGCUCGAGAAACAGCCUUCCGAGCAUUCUCCUUUAUUUAGUUUUAUCUUUAACGACAGCGGUUGUACUUAUAAUGACAUAUCCUGCAGGGCAGGACUCGACCUCAAGUGUAAUUGUCAAACUGCUUCAUUUGUCGAAGUGGCAACAUUCCAUAUACAUAAUUCACUCUGUUUUUACUGUAGCCAAUGUAACUGGACAAAAAAGUGAGUUAAUGUACUUAAUAUUACGGACUAUUUAUUUCUUGCUGCCAUGAUGUGAAACUGUCUAGUCGAUUCAGCUUAGGCACUCCCUAGGCAAUACACUUUGUUUAAUCUUACAGAAAGAAAGAAAAAAAAAUUUGCAUGAUGAGUGUGAAGUCUUUUUACCUGCCAGCUGCAGAGUUAAGCUACAAGGAUGAAAAUGUGAGCUAUGCUUAAUAGAAGUGAAGUGGUCCUGGAUCAGAGAAGCGCCUAUAUGGUGCUUUGACUACCUACUUAUUAACAUUAUCAACAUCCGGCAAGCUUGGGCAGGCAUUCUGCAUCAAAAUCAAAUACCACUUGGAGAUGCUCAUGCGAUUGUACUCGGUUAUGUUUUGUCAUACUUACUUUUGCCUACCCUGACGUAACACAGGGGAAAAAUUAGCUAGACGGUGUUCUCAACUUUGUUAGUCUUUUUUGGAGCCGGUAAAAAUAAUGAUUUUACCGGCUCCAAAAUGACCCUCGUGGCACGCACGAAAAUGGGCAAAUAAUCUGGUUGAACUGUAGCUGCCUUACAAAAUUUUCCGUUAGAUCACCAGUUUGCCUGUGCUUUUGCUUUUGUCUGAACACAUGCACAAAAUAUUUGCUUGUGUCUGUUGGCACAUAGCAGGUCGUGGCUUCAAGAGCCUGUAGCAGAUGCCAGGAUAUUACAAUUUGCUGCAGUUACAGGGUAUCAGGAUGUCUUUGUAACUGUUGCUUUAAUAUUGAGCAAAAAUAGCAGAUUAUGAAGGCAGGACGUGUAUAAGCAGAAAAGCUCUGGCAGGCAUUUGUAAAGCUCCUGAACAAUAUGCAAAUAUCUACAAAUGCUUUUCUUAAGAUAGCAUACUUGAAUAACACAAAUCAUUCAUGUAAAGAAGUUAUUUUUUUUAUGUGGGAGUACAUUUAAUAUGAGAAAACUAUUCAAUCAACACUUAUGGACAGAAAAUUAACAUGCAUAAUGCUUACUGUGUUCUGCCACCUCAUCUGAGUCUCCUCCGGCACCUUGCCCCGAAGCAACAAAGCAGUAGUGAUGUUGCGUACUUAAUAUGGUGGAGUAGUGCAGCGUUGACAGAAAAUCAUACCCCUCCUUCACUAGGAGCACACUUCCGCGGUUGAGCAUCACCUACAUAAUAUAAGUUUGUUGCACCAUAAGCAUGUUAUCUAUAUCAUUUCGCAUGAUGCAAGUGGCACAGUGAUUUUGAUGCAAGCGUCGUUGCCUUGCCGAACAUGCUCAACAUUCUCAGGCGAGCUCUCUGGCAUUGAAACUUUUUCAUGCAACCACCGGUUAGUACUUGGCUCUUGAUUCAUGCCAACCACUAAGUCAUGGUACUAUGAUUGUUGCCUUUGGCAGGUGUACCGUGCCUAAAAUGUGAUUGCCCUUUUUUUAUGUUGUCAAUCAUUAGCCAGUAUUCAAACUGUACUUGUUUGUCAUAGAAUCCAAAGUUUUGAAUCAUGUAAUAGUUUUAUUAUAGCAAAUAUAAAGUUAUUGAAUUCGGAUUUAAUGAAGUAAGUCUCAAAUGUUUUUUGCUGAUAUCGGCAUGUAAUGUGUCAAAACUAUUGUCAGAUAUAACUAACUUGCUUUGAUGUAUAUUAUUACCCUGUACUACUGAAAUUUCUCUGUACAUGUUUGCAAGAUAGUACUUUUUCAAUAUUCUGACGCUCUAUUUUGCAAAACUAGUUGUUCUCACAACUCUCGCAUUGUUCGCAUUUCAACAAUACUAUGAAACCGCAAAUACGUUGUCCAUGCGGAAUUUCUAGAAGUGUGUAUUUGUCCUGGCUAAUGAAUGGCAUUAGAUGAGCUGGCACAUGGCAAGACGAGUAUCGUGAUGGAAUCUGAUGUGCCAUUGUAGUCCGAAUGAAAACUUUUCUCUGCCAAGUGCAUCGCCAAGCUUUCCGACUUUCGUUUGUGCUGCCAACAUUGUUUGCAAUUUUCGCUGCUCGAGCACAUUUUGCGCGAUGUGCCUUCUCAGCUGUGAGAAUGAGACAGCGGUACUUGGAAGUUGAAAGACGUGCGAUGUGGAGCCUUGUGGAGUUGUGCUUUCCCUGCCGGAAGGAGUGUCAGUAUCACAAUGAAUAAAAAGGAGAAGGGUUCUAACUUGCUGUAAGCAGGCUGCUACUAAGCUUGCUUCUGACUUUUCCUCGAUAUUUAUUAGCAUAUAGCUGUCGCAUUUAUGUUAGAGGCAGUGCUAGGCACCUCGUGAUUAUGGUGUAUUUUGAUGUGCUUUCUGAUAGUUGGCAACAAGCUGAAACUGUUGGGGUUGGUUGAGGUAUACCAGUAAUCUCCUACUUCACUUGCAUUAAGCCUGGAAAGAUUGUUGCGGGAAAUGAACAACCGAAUGUGCUGUGGCCGAUGCACUCAAUUUGCCAUUUUCCUAAUUUUGAGCAUUACAAAUGAUGCAUGUUGUUUUCCUGAUGUUAUGUAGCACUUUUUAACUAGGUAAAUCAACAGUUUUUUUUUCUUUGCACUGAAGACAAACUCUGUCUGCAUUCUGCAUUGUACCAACGCUAACGAAAUCUUUUUCUUUUUUCCUAAUUCAGCUCAGUUUUCUACGUCUUGCCUGCUUAUGUCGUAUAGUAAGAACGGCAGAUUUUGGUUGCAUCUCUUGCUCGGUUAUGCAUCGUCCAAGCUUACUGAUGUUGACAGAGCCUGUGCAUGUGCAAUACUAUAAGUUCAUGAGGGCACCACAGUAUUUCAAUUAUGUACCUAAUGCAGGUGCAUCUACUUGUAACCAGUGUCGUUGCUCCAAGGCUUGAUUAGAGAUGUCAUUCUUCCAGUUAUCACUGGAUGUCAGAGAGUGACCUUUGCAGCAAAUAAGAAGCUCUCUACCCCUUUUUCAACAUUACAAAAUGUGUCACGUGCAGUUUCUAAAGGCAAAAGGUGGAUAAGCUAAGCAAGUGACUACAUGGACAUAUACAUAUCAAAUCAAAUAACGUAAUAUAAUAAAUGCUUUUUUUACAUGCACGCAUGGCCGUAAAAUGUGUGCCAUGUGUGUGCGUGUCUGCUAGAAGGAUCUAGAUUUUGUUUCUGCUCUCUAAUAAAUGUUGGCGGCCUGGUUGGCCACUGCAAAGGAAGGAAAUGUCUAAUAGUAGUGUGGCUCUAAAGCUUUGUGAACACAACCAUUUUGGAAACAAAACUUGUGCGUAUGAAAUACACAGCUAAUGUUUCAUUUUCUUAACACCUUGUAGUGACUGGAAUGCUACACAAAAUCCUAGACACCAAAUAAUAAAGAAGUUUGUGGAUAUUGAAAUUAAUGUUGAAAUAACUGUUCACUAAAGAAAGUGACAGCUUUUUUUUUCUUGUAUGUUUGUAACUGUUCCUAUGUACUGUAGAGAUAGGUGGGUGCAGGGUCACAGAGGCUGUAUAGCUGAAGAUAUUUGCGCUCCGCAGAGUUCUUCAAGGCCGCAUGACAAUGUCAAAGCUCGUGUUGUUGGAUGACAAGGCAUUCGUUGCUAGCGCUCUCCAGCAGGUUUUGAUGUGCAAUAGUGGUAAGGGAAGUAUUCAAAUGAUGAGAUUUUGGAACGAUGAUCAAGCAUGAGCCAAUGUAUACUGGCCUAAUGUAGCCAUGUCAAGUAUGUAUAUUUUGAGCACCAGAUAAUGAAAAGAACUGCAUGAAUGAUGCAGCAAUUGCGCUAUAAAACACCAUUUCUUGCUUUGAUCGAACCGCUUUACAGAACAAAUUUGUUGAAGGGUAUUGAUUUCAGAUUGACUCUUAUAAUUUACAGGCUGGCAUGUAGAGGACUUUGUUUCGAACCAUUCAUCUAAUAUAGAACUCUGGCAUGGUCCCUCAGCAUGUUACAUUUUUCAUAGCAGAACUGAUUUACUAAUUGAUUUGCAAGUGCAUUAUUUGCAUAAAACCAUUUUCUGGGCUAUUUAAUGUACAUUGUGCUUGUGUCAUAGGCGGAGAGUUUUCCUAUUCCCGGAGGGGGCGGGGCCUUGAAUAGCUCUUCGACAUUCUCUCUCUUUCAUAAAUAUCUAUAGAGAGAGAGAAGAGAGAAAGCUUUACUGACAGUAUUAGGAAGCUAAUAAACUAGUGUCUGUUACAUAAAAAAAACUUUCAUUUUCCUGAUGUGUACAUUCCAUACUUAUUUUGCACAAGAGCCGUGCAAAUUGUGCAAUUAUUGUCAUCCUGCGACUUUGUUCAAUGUAACCAUGGCAGCAGACUUCCUGCUUGUCACUGACCCAUGAUGUAUUUUUUUUAGUCUGAAAAGAAAAUAGUAUGGCUUGAACAGUUCCCUGUGAUAAAGUUGCAAGAUAGGAUGGCCUACAUUCUGUUGGUAAUGGAUGGCAGGGGGGCUCUGUCCCCCAAUGAAGCAGCCCAAAGAGUCCCUAGCCCUCCCCUCCCUUCCCCCCACUCUCCGCUUAUGGCUUGUGUUGUGCACUUCAUCAGAGGUGUUUUGCUUGAUUUAGGUAAACGUGCCAAAAAUAUGUAAUUGUGAAUUGCAUCAAUGACACAUUUGUAAUUGUAGACGUAGAAGCCUGGUGCUCGGGUGCACUGAAAAUAAAUGCGAGGAGUGGUCUAAGAUGCGUCGAGUAGAACACACGUCCUGUAGAUAUGUAUUAUUUUUCCAACUCCCUUUGCACGAGGGGAAAAAAAAGCACAUGUAAAAUGUAGAGAAAUUUCCUCCUUGUGUUUUCGUAGUUAUUUUACACCAGUUAUUCGGAUGAAGUGUGUGCGUUUCCCUUGUUCCUUUUUUUAAUCUCCAAUGGUCAUGUGAAGUGGUGUUAAGGCGAGUUUGUUAUUUCUAGUGCGACAAUGCCGACAAAUGUACAGAAAUCCACGAGGUGUUUGUACUUACAUGGUGUGUUCAUGCAUGGGCUUUUAGACCUGGAGGUCAAUGCGUGUCCAUGCCCUCCACGAGACAGUUUGAAAGCUUGUACAGGAAGAGCAGCUUGUAAAUGCUAAAAUGCCUUUUUUUUUUCGGUUUUUGUAAAUGUGUUGACAUUCAUCGCACGGUUCUUGCCGGCAUUUCGGCUUUUCCAGCCAAGGCUUGAUUUGCCUAAGUGUGGCUAGAAUUGGCACACAAUGUACCAGUUCGCUUGGCAGACUGAAGCGUGUGUAUAUAGUGUUCUGCAGCCAGAAGGCUUUCAGUUGUUCUUACGACGCUGUAGUUUUAUCAGGGACAGCAGCUGUGCAUUGUUUUGAAGAAGGAAAAUAUUCUCUCUUCUGUUAGGGGAGGACAAAAGAAAAGUGAUUUCAACUUGUGACACUCUAGUGUGGUCAGUCUUGUACUGAAGUGUUUUUAAAUAAAGAAAGUUCUGUAAAAGAA